AUGGAUCCAAUCCCUGGCUUUGAAGAACAUACAACGGAUUCCAUAGGCAGAAUAACGAAUGAUAAGGAGGACGAGAAGAAAAUUGGAGGAAAUAAGGAGGGAUCAUUCACUGGUAAUAUUGAAAGAAAGCCAGGCGCAAAACAAAAAGCGGGAAACGAGAACAAAGACAAAAAGGAGAUGGAUGACAUCAUGGCAAUGAUUGGAUCACUUCAAAUCAAAUCGACCCAGAAUCCGAAGUAA